AAGACACUUCCGGUCGACGUCGUCUGCUAAGGGGGAUCAUUUUUUUGACUGUUUUGUUGCAUGUUUAUCUGGAUCUAGGCUGAUGUCCUACUCAUUGCACUGUUAGAGUAAAAUGAGCCAAAGAAAUGGGGCAGAAAAGGAUGCACCAGCCCAGAAAGAGGGGUAUCUGGCCCAGGUUUUCAGACAACUUAUCCAUACCCUGGAAAGGAAUAAUGUUGUGAUGGAACAGGUUUUAGAGCAGCUGGGACAUGGAAGCAGAAAGGUCCAAAAGUCAGGAAGCUGUAUGUCCAUAGCCAGUUCUAAUAAGGCAGUACUGGAUAUCAGACGAGAGGAAAAGGUGACAGUGGAGUUAAAAUUAGCAUUUAUGAAAGUAACAGACAUAGACACCGUAAAUCAGCAGUUUGGAGCAGAUAUCUUCAUACAGGCAAAGUGGGAAGAACCUUUGUUGGAUAAAACUCAUGUCAAGGAGUUUGACCCAAUGGUGAUGUGGACUCCAAAACUCAUCAUCAUGAAUGUUGAUGGGGAGUUCUCUUUCAGUAGGAACACAUACAGCGUCCACUAUGACAUGCCUCACUAUCAGCAUGCACUGGUCAUACAGCUCUGGAGGUUUAGAGGAUUCUUCAAGGAAAAUCUGGAGCUAGAACACUUCCCUGUCGAUGUCCAGGACCUGACAAUAUCAGUGUCGGCAGAGCGAUCCGGAGAGCAAGUAGAUUUGAUAGAGGAUCAAUUUGCCCUCAGCUCCAUCAACACGAAAACCUUCCUGGAUUCAGCAGAGUGGAACGUGUACAAACACGUGGAGACCUACCGGGACAAAACCACCAUUGAGUACGCCAGUUCCACCGUUCAUCCUAUACUUCACGUCCAGUGUCGCGUGGCCCGGAAGGUCGGCUAUUUUGUGUGGAACAUCAUUUUCAUUGUUCUGCUGAUUGCCAGUUUGACCUUUACAACUUUUGCCAUAGAACCUGAUUCAGCUGAUCGACUGGCCGUCACGAUCACUCUCUUCCUGACAGCGGUGGCCUUCAAGUUUGUGGUGAAGCAGAGUCUACCCACCAUAUCGUACCUCACAAAUCUUGAUUUGUAUGUGUUGAGUGCCCAGAUGUUUCUCACCCUCCACGCUGCACAGAAUGCGUGUAUUAAGGCUCUGACCAGAUUCAGCACUUCUGACCAAGUGGAUAUGUACGAUACCUACUCCAUGAUCUCCCUGUGUGUUAUCUUUGGCAUGUUCCAUAUUAUCUUCGGUGUCUAUUUGUACCUUACGGCAACCAAGAGAAGACGACGCAUGAAGGAAAAGGAUGGAUUAUAUAAGGAGAAGAGACUUUACUUGGAAAAAAUUGAGGAACUCAUUGAAGGAGAUGUCAGAGAGAAAUUUGGGAAAUAAAAUUGCCAAUGAUGUUGGCUGGGAUAUAUAGAUAAGCUAUCUGUCAGUUCAUUAAUGUCCAGACCUCUUAAAAGCAUAUGAACAUCGUGAUAACCUUGAAUCACAGCAAAUUACAGCACUUAAUUACAUUACAUGAAUUUUACGGUAACGAAUUACAUCAUAUACUGUAUAUCACUUGUGUAUUUAAUAUUAGGCUAAAUUUCAAUAUUACCUUCGUUAAUUGUUGAAAUCUGGUUACAAUUUUAUUUAUAAUUGUUGAAAUAUGUUUUCCAAGAAUAAAUUGAUUUUUUUAGCCA